UCUUACAUUUAGUAGAAGCAUGCGUUACAUAUUUUAUACAGAUCACUACUUAUGGAAUAUAAGAUCUUAGGCCUAAAGUUCUUUGUUCUUUGAUUUAGAAAAACCAUGUAAUUGGCGCUUUAAAAUUCCAAAUUUUGACACCUGCAUCUCAAGAAAAGACUAUUUUCUUUCCGUUCUGAAGCCAUGAAAUUGCAGUGUGGUUUUCCAUUGUUGCUCCAACAAUUCAAAGCUCUUUUCAAAAAGAACGUUUUGCUUUCAUGGCGAAACAAGAGAGCUACCUUUAUUCAGCUAUUUGCUUCCUUCUUCUUCAUCUUCCUCAUGUUUUGUAUCCAAAUUUCUAUCAAUAUUCGCAUGUCUCAUUCCACCUUCUUCAAACACUUGGCUGACCCCAGGCCUCUAAAUUCUCCUCCAAUACCGCCCUGUGAAGAUAACUUCUAUGUCAAGCUACCCUGCUAUGACUUUGUCUGGAGCGGAAAUGGAAGUGCCAGAAUUCGCCGCAUUAUGUCUGCAAUCAUGGCUAACAAUCCAGGAAGGCCAAUUCCUUCCAUAAAGGUAAAGUCAUUCAGAACAGCAGUUGAAGUAGAUGAAUGGCUUUAUAGAAAUCCAAUGUACUGUUAUGGAGCUUUGCAUUUCAUGGAGAGAAACUCUUCUGUGAUUAGCUAUGGAAUUCAGACUAAUUCAACUCUUUUACCAAAGAGAGGAAAGUUUGAAGAUCCCACUUUCAAAUUUCUAAUCCCACUUCAUAUUGCAGCAGAGCGUGAGAUUUCAAGGUCUCUCAUUGGAGUUCAAAACUAUAGCUGGGCUUUUGGGUUCAAGGAAUUUCCACAUCCUCCUCGGAAUAUCCUCUUAGGAAUGAAUACAGCAGGAUCUCCGUUUUCAAUGAGCACAGUAGGACCUCCAUUUUUCCUUGCAGUGGUUAUGUUCGGUUUUGUAUUUCAAAUGACUUCUUUGGUGACAGAGAAAGAACUAAAACUUCGGCAGGCAAUGACUUUGAUGGGCCUCUAUGACUCUGCAUAUUGGUUUUCAUGGCUAGUUUGGGAGGGAAUUCUCACAUUUAUCUCUUCACUCCUCAUAGUGCUCUUUGGCAUGCUUUUUCAGCUUGACUUCUUCUUGAACAACAGCUCCAUUGUUUUAUUUUUUCUCUUCUUCUUGUUUCAACUCAAUAUGCUUGGCUUUGCCUUCAUGUUAUCAACCUUCCUAAGCAAGUCAACAUCAUGUACAGUUACCGGUUUCUCAAUUUACAUCGCUGGCUCUUCCAUUCAGUUUGUUGGAGUAUUUGGAUUUCCAUACAUGUCUAAAUUCUCUCAACUAUGUCAAAUCAUUUGGUCAUUCUUUCCACCCAAUCUUCUUGCUAAAGCCUUGUGGCUACUCAGUGAUGCAACUUCUUCUCCUGAAGAUGUCGGCAUCAGCUGGAGUGGUCGAGCAAUGUGCACUCCCAAUGAUGAGUACUGUGUGAUAACAAUUAAUGAUAUAUAUAACUGGCUGCUAGUUACUUUCUUUCUUUGGUGUGCAUUGGCAGUCUAUUUCGAUAACAUUUUCCCAAACGACUCUGGUAUGAGAAAAUCAGUGUUUUACUUUCUAAAACCUGCAUACUGGAUAGGAACAGGUGCAAGCAAAGUGGAAGAGAGUGACAUUUGUAGUUGCCUAGAUUCAAUCCCACAAGAUAAUCAUAUUCAUCCAGAUAAUGAAGGUGUCCUUGAAGAGGAAAACAUUAUAAAGGAACAAAUUAUUAAGGGUGUAGAUAAUCCAAAUAUUGUGGUUCAGAUACGGGGUCUUGUAAAGACUUAUCAUGGGACUACGAAAGCCGGUUGCUUCAAAUGCAAGAAAACUUCACCAUACCAUGCUCUCAAAGGUAUAUGGCUAAACUUUGCAAAAGAUCAGAUAUUUUGUCUACUUGGAAUGAAUAGAGCAGGGAAGACCACAACAUUCAAUUGUUUGACUGGAAUCACACCUGUGACUAGUGGAGAUGCGUUGGUAUAUGGCCAUUCCAUACGAAGCUCUAUUGGCAUGUCAAAAAUCCAAAAACUGAUGGGGGUGUGCCCUCAGUUUGAUAUCCAAUGGGAUGCAUUAUCUGGUCUAGAUCACCUUCAUCUCUUCGCAAAAAUAAAGGGCCUACCUCCAUCUUCAAUCGAUUCAGUCGUUGAAAGGUCUUUAGCUGAGGUGAGACUCACUAAGGAAGCAACAGUGAGAGUUGGCAGUUAUAGCGGAGGAAUGAAACGUCGUCUAAGUGUUGCAGUAGCCCUUAUUGGUGAUCCAAAAUUGGUCAUCUUAGAUGAACCUACAACUGGUAUGGAUCCAAUAGCAAGAAGGCAUGUGUGGGAUAUUAUAAAGAAUGCAAAGAAAGGGCGUGCAAUAGUCUUAACAACACAUUCAAUGGAAGAAGCUGAAAUCUUAAGUGACCGGAUUGGAAUAAUGGCAAAUGGCAGGCUUCGUUGCAUUGGAACCUCAGUCAGAUUGAAGUCACGAUUUGGAACUGGUUUUAUUGUUAAUAUCAACUUCAACAGACAGAUACAAACUCCUAGAAAAGAUGUUGCUCUUUCUACUCAUGAUCUUGAGGCUGUGAAGCAGUUCUUUAAACAUCAUUUGGAUGUUUGCCCGAAAGAAGAGAAGAAAUCCCUUUUGACAUUUUCUAUUCCUCACGACAAAGAGACGAUUUUGCCAGACUUUCUGACUGAACUCCAAGACAGAGAAAGCAAAUUUGGCAUAACAGACAUUCAAAUUGGCCUCACACCUCUUGAAGAAGUUUUCAUGAACAUCACAAGGCAGGCAGAACUCGAAAACGCAAUGACAGAAGGAAGAUUUGUUACUCUUAAUCUAACAACAUCUGGAACUUCAGUUGAGAUACCGGUGGGAGCUAGAUUUGUUGGGAUUCCAGGAACUGAAAGUGAAGAGAAUUCUAAAGGAAUUAUGGUUGAAGUUUUCUGGGAACAAGAUGAUUUUGGUGAGCUCUGCAUAUCUGGCCACUCUGAUGAAACUCCAAUACCACAUAAUAUUGAAUCAUUAAUACCAAUUAUAGCAAAAUGUUCUUCAAGGAAAAUGCCAGGCCGAGGAGUAGUGCUUGAUCACAAUAUGAUCUUCAAUAAGAAUUUUCAACAAUAGGAUUAACCUUCAAAUUUAUUUAUAUAAUUAGUAACUCCUUCACUUUUGUUGUCGUUUAACAAUUGAAGAUGCCAUGUAAAGUUUACUUAUA